AUGGGCCGCAUAAAUCUCUCCGCCCAGCGAGUGCGGCAGAAGGCGCUGGCUUUUGUCAAGACCGGGCGCCAUCCCGAGAACCCAUUAUGGGCAGACAUAAUGGCCGAUGUGCCACCUGCGCAGAUUCUAACUAGACAACAACCCACGCAACACACCUUGACCGAGACUCGUACAACGAGGCUACCUGACGGCAAGAUCGCACAGACCACAAAAGCGAUAGGCACAAGAAGCUCAGCAGGAGAUCGCAACAGGAGGAUCAAACACAUAUAUAUGCCCAACAAGCUGCGCUACGAGGAGGACAAGCUACGAAGCCAAUUCUUCGCCGACCACCCAUGGGAGCUGGCACGCCCUCGACUGCUCGUUGAGACCGACGGCAAUCAGCACGCCCACGCCGACUGGUCCACAGGACUUCAACAACCAGGUAUACCAGUCUCCGGCGAGAGCGUGGCUCAGCGCCAGCUGUGGCUGCUACAGAACACCCCCGACAUCACAGUGCCAGAAGCGUACGACAUCGCCCGAAAGGAAUUCUACGCCAUCCGAAGGCGGCAGCAGAUAGGGCAACGCAUCGCCGCGGAAGAAGCAGAAAACAAUGGUGUCGACUAUGGUCCGUCGAGCAUGAGCAAGGGUAUGGGCAAGGAAGCAGAGGUAUUUGACGAAUGGAUGGUUUGGGCUGAGAAGGAGAAUAUGGCCAUCAUGCAGCGACAAGCUAGCUUCGCCGGCCAGCAGCCUGCUCCGGAGAUGCAGGCUGUGCAGGCAAAUAACGCCGCAACCGAGAGCGGCAGCCCUGGUGGUGGGACUAGAGAUUUUGGUGUCGGAAUUGACCGAAACAGUGCUGUAAGGCCGGCACCAAGAUUUGGUUCGCAAAUCGGCGAGUCACUCACGGCGGAUGACAGUUCGAGCUUCGCGCAGCGGCAACGGUAG